AAAACGCCAAACACAACCCUUCACAAUCCAGCAAGAGUUCUCCAGUACAUUUGAAACACUGACUUCCAAGAGAUCACGCUGAAAGCAAGGGACUCACAAUCCAAAUAAACAUUAUUAUUAUUAUUAUUAUUAUUAUUAAAAGAAGAAGAAGAAAAAAAAAAAAAAGAGCCUGCAGGAAGAGAAGAAGCAGGACGGCAAUGAUAAAGAAGAUGAAGAUGAUGAUGAGGAUGAGAAGAGAACUAUCUUCUUCAGUCUUCUUACGGUCAGCUUUUGCUUUAUACCACCACCAGGCUCGUUAAUGCUUGCUCUCGUGAAUGGGUCCCUUGCAUUCCUCUCUCUCAUCUCCAGCAAAGACGACCAUUCAAGCAUCUGAAUCUCAAAAGAAACCACAAAAAAGAAAAAGAAAUAAAUCUAGAGGACCUGUACCACCACCACCACCACCACCACCUAUGCCUAUGGCUAUGGCUAUGGCUAUGAAGGAGAAGAUGAUGCUCACGCUGCCCCUGGAGCCCCCAUUGCCAAGCUGGAAGCUUUAUGACAAUCCUCAUUACUCCCACUCCUACUCACCUUCAACCAACCCCCAUGAAUCCCCCACUCAUCCCUCCAUCACUCCCAUGGCUUGUGGAGAAGACUCCCCUCCUCACUUGCUCCAGCUUGCACAUGCCCGCAUUGAAGAGCUUCAAGUGGAGCUCGAGUUUGAGCGGAGGAUGCGCAAGCGUGUCGAGUCAUUAAACGGCGCGCUGGCACGAGACUUGGCUGAGGAGCGUAAGGCCAGAGAAGAGGCUGAGUGCCUUCGUGCUAAACUUCAACAAGAGGUUAAUAAGAAGGUGGAGGAGUUGGAGGAGGAGAGAAGGAUGCUUCGAGUUGCUGAGGUUUGGAGAGAGGAGCGAGUCCAGAUGAAGCUCAAUGAGGCUAAGAUCAUUAUGGAGGAGAAGCUACAGAAGUUGGGUGGUGGUGGUCGUGGGUCUGUUAGCAAGACAUUGGAACCAGCAGCACCUGGAACUCCAACUGCUGUUGCCAUUGAUGGAGUCGGUCAUCAGAGAAGGGAAGUAGAGAACCCACAUAUUAAGAGAGGGAUCAAAGGGUUUGUGGAGUUCCCCAAGGUGAUGAAGGGCAAAGCCAGUAAUGGAACAAUAUCUGCUGGGAAGGAUGGAAAAAGUGGCCAUGUUGGUUUCAAUCUGGAGUGUCAGAAGGCACAGCUUAGGAUUCUUAUGAGACAGACCAAGAACCCUGUUGGCAUCUCCAUUGUUGGAUCCACUGAUCAUUUAGUUAUGUGAUCUUUUGCUCUCUGUUUCUCUACAGUUUUACAUAAGAGAGUUUCCUCUUCCACUUUCUUCUUCUUCUUCUUCUUCCUUCUUGCUUGUUCAUUGUACAAGAAAAAAGAAAGGGUAUAUUUUGUUAUCUGUAAUGGAUAAUGGUUCAGAUAAGAUGGAGAGCUGUAUAAUAGUUGUUGAGGACUGUGAAUUGAUCAGUUGCUUCUUUAUUCCUGGAAGCAAUGCCA